AUGAAAGCGAUCAACAAAAUACGUAGGCGCUCGCUGUCCUGAGCAAAAACUCCUACCUAAUAUACCGCUCCAUACGGAUGGAGGCCCUCUUCCGUGGUAACACCACGCCCAAGCUGUUGGAUGCAUUCCACAGGUAUGCGUGGCUCACCACACCUGGAGACGCCUCCCACCCAUCUACAUGCACGUCGGACUCUCUUCGCAUUAUGGAACACCAUCGGUCCCCACCCCUAUAAUCCUCUCCCCCACCCCCACACUUUGUGAAGCGGUAACGCAGAAAGGUGGGAACACGCGCAAGCAGCGGUGUAUGUAGUGGAGGUUCUUUCUGAGUUGCGCCGCCGAUCAAUCCCCACAGUUUGUCGUGCGAUGUCACCUCGGUGACUUUAAUCCGCCGUUUUGCCUCUUCGCACAGUAAUAGAUUACACAUUAUUCUGCGCAGCGAGCGAGCUUGCUUGCCAGCCAGCCAGCCAGCCGCAGCGGUUACUAAUUACUCUUUAGCGCCCAACUUAGCAAGAGAGCAGCAUCAGCAAGUGGAGAGGGUGACGCAAAAAAAACCGUCUUGAGAUGUCGUUGUCAAAGCCGCUGGAGACGGUGUGCGUGUCGCUGGUGAUCCUGUGCUCGCUCCACCUCUUCGUGGUCUUGGUCGUGUACUCCGAGGUGCCCGCGAAGGCCCUUUCGUUCAUGCGCCAAAGAAACCUGACGGACCGAUCGGACGCAGACGCCGUGUGGCCUCCUCCGCCCAUGAGGAAGAGGCACCGGGCGGACCUCGCAAGCGCCACGGUCGGGGUGCAGGAGAACGUCGACGUUUCGGGCCAGAGUCCUCCCCGGGAACCCACGGAGCCGUGUCCCGACGAACCCGCAGGUCUUGUGGGGCCCCUUCUGGUGGAAUUCAACAUUCCCGUGACCUUGGAGGAGACAAAGACCAUGAACCCAAAGGUGCAAGAAGGUGGCCGCUUCCGUCCCGCAAAUUGCAUCUCCAAACAGAAGGUGGCCAUCAUCAUCCCCUUCCGGCACCGUGAUGAGCACCUCAAGUACUGGCUCUACUACCUGCACCCGAUACUCCAGCGGCAGACCAUCGAGUAUGGCAUCUACAUCGUCAACCAGGUCGAUGACGCAUUGUCAGAUAAGCCCCAUGACCGACACGGCGUGGGGAAGCGCUCAUCAAGCAGUGGAGUAACAAAGUUUGGAGAGGGGGUGUUCAACCGAGCCAAGCUCAUGAACAUCGGCUACGUGGAGGCCCUCAAGGACGCCCCCUACGACUGUUUCAUCUUCAGCGACGUCGACCUGGUGCCCAUGGACGACCGCAACCUCUACCGCUGCUACGACAACCCCCGGCACUUCUCCGUCGCCAUGGACAAGUUUGGAUUCCACCUCCCGUACAACUCGUACUUUGGCGGAGUGUCGGGCCUCUCCAAGGCACAGUUUGAGAAGAUAAACGGCUUCCCCAACAACUACUGGGGCUGGGGCGGCGAAGACGAUGACAUCUAUACCAGAGUGUCUCUGGCUGGAAUGCACAUCUCUCGACCAUCGGGCGAGAUUGGCCGAUGCCGGAUGAUAAGGCACACAAAUGACAAGAACAAUGAGCCGAACCCACAAAGGUUCAACUUGAUUCAGUCAACCAGAAGCACGAUGUGGAAAGAUGGCAUCAACUCACUUCAGUACUCGCUGGUGGAAAAAACCCUCUAUCCACUCUAUACGAACCUCACGGUGAACGUUGGUAACCCCUAGAAGUAGGGACCCAGUGUGCACACCUUUCCAGGUUUGACUCGGGUAUGAGCUGGGUUUGACUCAGAGAGUCCGGGAAAUUGGUAUCUGUUGUCAGGUGGCAGGGAUUGAUUUUUACCGAGAUCUGGUGGCGUCGUGUUAAAUUGUUGUCGUAAAUGAGACUAAUGUACAUAAUGUAUGUAGUGUAUUAUGCAUAUUGGGCGAAUGCCCACAGCUUGGGCCUUAUUAUGUACAUUAGCUUAACUUUAGCCUCAUGACCACAUACCUGUCAACCCCUUAUCAGUGCCUACUUUAUUACAGACCAAUUCAGACCAUAUUGGUCAUGCCGUGCCCUUAUACAUCUCAUCGUUCAUC